UUUUAUACUAAAUCCCAGUUUCACUUUAUAUUUAUAAUAUUUAAUGGAGACUUGGUCAGUUCUCGCCGCCGCCAUUUGUCAGAUACUUGGCUAUUCCAUCUUCAUUGAGCAGCCAGAUGAUUGCUGUUCGCCAGCGCCAACACUCGCUAGUUGGCUAUUUCUGUUUAGCAUUCUUUGCUUUCUUUGGGAUACCUGCGUGUAUCCGGCCCGCUUUAUUCACAUGUCCUUGCACUGGCAGUUGAUCAUCGAAGUUGUGGCAUGUAUAUUUUUGACCGAGUUCGGGCUCCUGAUCGUUUGGUGCCGCUUAGAACGCCUUUUAUAUGGGCUUACUCACAACUUGCUAUACGCUCUUUCUCUCGCCAACUGUGAGCCAUGGUCCUUUGAGUACUGUGUGCAAGGCUUAAGUACAACAUCAGUGAGUGGAGCGCUGUUCUGGUUUGUGCUCGAGGCUACUGACCUUAACUAUAAGGCAAAGAUAUUAACUUGUCGCUUAAAAGAAAGCUGGCAGCCCGUCUGGAAUUUGCUCAUCUGCUUCUUCAGGCUUGACUCAAGAGACAGACGUCGGGCACUGAGGACUUGUAAUUUAUCUCUCGGACGUUUUACACGAUGCACAAAACGUCGGUGCACACAAUUAGAUUGUGAAGAAGACGUAGAUGAAGAGGAAGAGGAUAACGACUGCCGCGGAGAUUGCGACUGGUAAUAAAUUGUUCUUGAAUCGAAAACUAUACCACGUAUCAUGGAAGUGUCCGAAAUCACAAGGACUUCAAUGACUCUGGCUUAAGUUUUGUACUAUUUUGAUGUUUCAGAGUUUUAAAUAAAAAUUAAAGGAAUCGACAAACGA